GUCAGAUCAAAACCGUGAUAGGUGGUGCCACAAUUCGGACGAUCAGGAUAUACCCUUUCGCCUUAGUAGUAUACAAUUCACCAUACUGGAGUACAGUAUUUUAAAAUGACCCAACCGUUUAAACCGUUUCUCAUCUUUCUCUCUCAUGACAGAAAAAUAAAUUCGAAAAAAGCCCUAGUUUUACUAUUCUUGUCUUCGUCAAUAAUUGCAGCCUUUUGUUAUAGUGCAAUCGGGCUGGAGUUGGUGCCAUUGAUCGUUGUUUGUGACUUCUUGGAUGGAAUGUAAUAUUCGUGGAGUUGUUCGGUAAUGGGGACUGUCGUGAGUAAAGCUGCCAACGGCAUUGGAGGGCUUCUUGGGAAUGCCUUUGUAGCUCCAUUUAAAACCAUUUUUGGCAGAUCUUGCGAGGACAUCUGUUCAGGAACAUGGGAUGUAACUUGUUUUAUCGAGCAUAUAUGUAUUGGAGAUCUGGUGAAACUAUUGAUGGUUUUCGGACUUUGCUGCAUAAUUUUAAUGUUCUUCUAUCUUAUGUUCGAGUUGGGGAUAUGCCAAUGCAUAGGAAAAAGCCUUUUUAAGAUGUGUUGGGCUUCUUGCAAAGUAUACUGGACGGCAUUGGAAGAUAUCACUUGUUUCCUGUGGUACAAGCUAAAGAAUGUCAAGAGGGUAAAUCGCCGGCGCCAACGACAACGCAGGCGCCUUUUUCAAGAUAUUGAAUUAGGGCAUAGUUCAAGUGAUGAAAGUGAGUUGUUAGAUGUUGAUCGGAGUUCAAGUGUCAUUAGAAAACGGAAGUUGGUUAAAGAGAGAAGAAAUGAUAGGACGCGGAGCUCUCUCUACCCUUUAAGGCAAGGAUCUAAAGAUGGACGCGGACAUCAAAGUCGUCGUCAUCAUCGCCACCGCCACCGCCACCGCCACCACCGUGCAAGGUUGAAGUCUACAGAAGGGUCUGUUGGAGGACUAAAAAACUCCAGACAGGUUCAAAUAAGGAGGUUGAGCAAACUGCAAAGAGAAGCUGCGUCUUUCAAAAGGAGAAGGCUCGAGUGAUCAUUUUAUAGCUGUAGCUAGUUAUCUGAAUUCAUUCGUGUGCAUUGAGCAUUUUGUCAUGAAAUAGUGAAGUUCUCUGUUCUGAAACUUGUGCCAUGGAUUACGGUAAGAAAUUUGAUUGUAUCCCUAUUUUCAGUGCACUAACAUGUGUAAGUGUAACCUUAUAUGAAUGGGAAUAUUCUGUGAUAUAGAUUUCAGUUCUUUUGACCAUUUUGCUUUAACUUCAACUUUCUAUACAGAUUGAUAUUUUUAUUUUUAUUUUUUUGACACCAUGAUGUUGUCAUGUUGAUGGAUAUCUAAAUAUGAACCAUCCCAUCUAGUGGCUAAAAACUUUGAUAUUGAGCUCUACAAAAUUUCAG